GGGAAUGUCUUUCACUUUUAGGGGCGCUUGUUGGCUCAUGACAUAGCGGUGUUUGCGAGGGAAGGGGCCUCCUCCACCAAGUUCCAGAUCCUCACUCCUCAAGAAUUUCCCAAAGUCCUCCAGGAUGGCUCAACAUGGUUCGUGGAUUUUUAUGCUCCGUGGUGCCCACCCUGUAUGAAGUUGCUGCCUGAGUUUAGGAAAGCCAGUAGACUUGUUGCAACUUCUGUUAACUUUGGGAGUAUUGACUGCACAAUGCAUCAGGAUUUAUGCACAAAGUUCAACAUUCGUCAGUACCCAACAACAAUCCUCUACAAUCAAAGUGUGCCUCACGAAUACACAGGCCAUCACAGUGCAACUCAUCUUGUUGAAUUUGUCAAUGAUACACUGAAUCCUGUUGUGGUAAGCCUUGACCCAGACAAGUUUUCAAAAUUUGUUGCAAGCAAACCACAAGGUGAGGUUUGGGUAGUGGACUAUUUUGCUAAUUGGUGUGGGCCUUGUUUAAGCAUGGCUCCUGAAUAUAGAAGAUUUGCUCGCUUAGUUGCUGAUAUUCCUGAGGUCCAUGUUGCUUCCCUUGACUGUGCUGUAUAUGGCGAUCUUUGCAGAAGACAGGGCAUUAACAGCUACCCAAGUGUUGUGCUAUAUCCAUCUGAAAGUUAUGGAACUCGCAAAACUGUAAAAUUCAGUGGAUGGUCACGUGAUGCAGACUCAUUUCGGCAGUGGUUGUAUUCAAGUCUCCCUUCACGUGUGACAGAAUUAGAUGACAGCUCAUUUGCAGAGGCCCUUCAGAGUAGUGUGCCAUGGAUUAUAGAUUUUUAUGCUCCUUGGUGUGGACAUUGUCAAGUGUUUGCUCCUAAUUUUGAAGACAUUGCUAGAGAAUUAAAGGGAACUGCCAAGUUUGGAAAGCUGAACUGUGAAAGGUACGUACAUGCUUGCAGAGGGGCCAAUGUUAGAGCAUACCCAACGGUGCGACUGUACACUGGGUCACUUGAUGGGAGUCGCCAGAAUGUUAAUGGUAUCACUUUUCCAAAUCUUCUAAAAGAAGAUAUAAUUGCACGUGUUCCAGGGUAUUUGCCAUCAAGAAGAAUUAGCAAGCACGAUGAAUUAUGAUGAGAUAACGUGAUGUAAGUCAUGCAUUUAGUUUUCAUUUUGUAAGUAGUUUGUGGAUACUCUGCCCUCCUGAGGAGAUAAAUGCAGCUGUUAAUCAUUUAAAUUUGACCAGUCCUUGUGGGUGAUUUAUUAGCGUGUCUAGUCAGAGUAUGACAGAGCAAAUCUAAAUCGGGUUUGAAUUCUUUUCACUAGUCUUUCUUAGGUUCUUAAUACUGUAAUCUUAGUCCUUUACUCUAAUUUCCUAUCAAUUGAUCAAGUGAAAGUUAAAUGAGCCUUUGAAUUGAAUUUCUCAAGUGCCAUGUAGUGCAUAAAUUUUUAGUGCUUGAUUGCAAUUUGUUAUUUGCUUAGUAUGCUUUUGAGCACUUCCAUGUAUUGCAUAACAUGAACAAUUAGGUUAUAUUUUUAUACUUAAGAGCAUUGCACAUGUAUUUAUAUAUGUUUUACUGAAUCUCAGUAUUUUAUAUAAAUCAUAUUUUUGUAGUGCUGGGACCUUUUGCUUUACAAGUUACUUGAGACAUUUGAAGAAAUUAGACCAUUUCUGUACUGUGUUGGUAAUAGCCCAUAAAAAAUUGUGGUGCUGAAGCACUAUUUAUUUAUAGGAAUUUAUAGGUUUAUUUAAGAAUUUAAGUUCCUUGAUAAUUAGUUUUGAAUGAAAGGUGAUUGUAAAGAUUUAUGAGAAUAAUUGAUGAAGCUAAAGUGUAUUUUCACAUACAGUACAUUUAUUGGUUUCAGAAAGAAAUUGACUUAGAUCGACUUAGUGCAAGCAAAAUAAUGUUAUUAAAACAUCUUCAAAAUAUUGAUUAGUAUUGGUAUUUUUGAGGAACAGUUGGUCAGUGAAGCAAUAAAUAUGGAGGUAACAGAACUAAGACAUAUAGGAAUACCCAGGAAAUUGUGGAGAAAGGGGAUAGAUAAUGGCCUAGAUCUAAUGGGAGUUAAGAUAGAAAGAGCACAGGAAAGAGAAGAAUGAAGGUAGCUCAUUUCAUGUCCAGCCCCCUAACCCCUUAAAGGAAAAAGCUGAUAUGAAAAUAUUCAUGAUAAUAAUGAUUUAUGGGGUCAGGCAUGAAUGAAAGUCACCUCAGCAUAACUUUAAAACUUAGAAACUUAUACAUAAAGUUUAGAUAUUAAGUUAGCAUGUGAAAUGUAUCAAACAUUUACGUAACAGAUAUAGGGAAUUAAAUGAUAAUGAAAGGCUUGGUAAGAUUGUUUUUCAUUAAUUGAAGAAAAAUUGUGAUACAAGGAAUUUUAUUAGUGUGCAGUUUUACUGUUCCCAAAUGUCGACAUGGAAAUGUGAUGUUUUUUAUUUUAUAUUUGUGUUAAUAAGUGUUAAAAAUAUUUGAAAUUUGAAUUAGUACUGGGUGGUAAUUGUAACAGAUUUUCUAAAUGUUUCAAACUGUUUAUAUCCUAGGUUUUUUGUUUUGUAAGUAUUGUGUGGCCUUAUCUAUGUUGGUUUUUAAUUUUUUGGGUAUUGCAACCUUUAGUUGUGAAAAUCAAGCAUACAGUUUUGUUAGUGAUGUGUAAUGAGCCCCUAUUUUCUCUUGAGCUGCUCAUCUUUGAUGGUGUGGUAUUAGUUGUGAAUAGGUAUUGGCUAGGGAAGUUAGUCUUGCUUUAUGAUGUCCCGCAAGGAGCCCUCAAUAAAGGAUUGCCCACACUCACAGAAUUACUUGAUAAGAGUUGUUUUUGACUAAUUAAAGAGAUAUUGUGAUAAAAGAAGAUUGUUAUUAAUAUACAGAUUUACUGUUCCCUAAUAUGGAUCUGAAAUUGUGAUACUUUUUUGUUUUACAUUUGAGUGUUAACAAUUGUAUUUACUGCCUGAUAAACGUGACAAAUUUUCCAAGUGCUUCAAAAUGUUUUAUGUCCUAGGAAUUUGGUAAUAUAAUUCUCACAACAAAUUGGGUGUUUCGUUUUGCUACUGUUAUGUGAUCAUAUCUUUGUUGCUUUUUAAUUUCCUAGGUUUUGCAGUCUUUACUUGUGAAAAUCGUGCAAACAAUUUUCUCCGUGCAAUGUAAUGAGUCCCCCACCACCCCCCAUUCAGCUUGGAUGAUUUGGUGUUAGUUGUGAAUAAUUAUUGGCUAAGGAAGUUGUUCUUGUGUUAGUUUGCAGCUUUGCUAUUCCCAGGCAUUGACCUGGAAAUGUGAUAUUUUUCAUUUUUCACUCGAGUCUUAGCAAGUGUUAAACAUGCAAAAUUGGAAAUUAUUGCCCGAUAACCGUAACAAAUUUUCCGUGUGCUUCAGUGUUUGUAUCCUUGGAAUUUAGAAAUAAGCCUUAUACUGCACUGGAUUUUUUGUUUGUAACUUAAUAUGGCCUUUAUGCUUGUUGGUUUUUAAUUUUAUAGGUCUUGCAGCUUUGAGUUGUGAAAAUCAUGCUAACAAUUUUGUCAGUGUAAUGUAAUGAUCCUUUAAUUUAAUUUGAGCUGUUCAGCUUGGAUUGCAUUAUGUUAGUUGUGAAUAGUUAUAGACUAGGGAAGUUAGACUUGUAUUAUAUACAGUGGGGUCUGUCAUGUAACCAUUAGUACAAUUAGCUAAAAGAUAUUUUCAAGUUGGUGGUAUUUAUUUUCUUGCCAUGGCAGUUCAUGACAAUUUUGAUCUCCUAAGUAGGGCUACUCCUUGGAUGAAGAGUGUUCUUCAGAAAGGAAUGAUAAUGGUAUCAUUCUUUGGUUGAUAUCUGUAUUCUUGUCUAACACCCCACCAUACCAUUUAUUAAAGCUUGAAUAAAACAGAAUACAAAAAUCACUUGCCUAAAUCUGUAGGGGCCUGAUUGGAUUUACAUUAAUUGUAUAGAAUCACGAGGUGGUUAGCAUCAAAACUUUCGUUCCAGUCGUACACGGUUAUUAUUUCCUCGACAGAAAGAUAUGGAAUUUAUAGCAGAAGCCAGUUAUUGGCAACAGUUAUACUUCUAAAGUUAUAGGUAGUUUGAGUAUGGACUAUUUAAAGUCAUAACUCUGCUUGGAUAUUCUUAUCAUGCUUUUUACCUAUUCUGUUCUUCAUAUUCUUUAUAUUAUAAGUGACCACCACUGUACAAUUUAAUUUUUGAAAGCCUCAUACUUGAGACAUGGCUGAAUAUUUUCUGAGGAUGUUUUGAACAUAUACUGCACAGGAGAAUCCUUUUAAAGUGGAAAAAACUUUAUAUCACACCUAGUGUGUUGGAUUACAAUGGUUACUUUUUACCGUGUUAGAAUAUUACACUGUUGAAAUUGUUCAGAUAAUGUAUAAUGCUUUAAAUUAGCAGUACGUAUGUGAUCAUCAUACAUAAACUAUUGGUCAACUUUCAUACAUGUACUGUAUAGUAUCUAUUAAGAUAUGAUUUAUGGUCCCUAGUAGUAAUUUAUACUUAACUUAAUCCAGAAGUGUUUGAAAGCUCAUGAUAGAUUUUACGACAAGUUACCCAUCUGAAAAAAAAAACAGGUUCAAGGUUUAAAAGCAGUUGUAAUUACAGUUACAAUUAAUGUAAAUGAAUUGAUCCUUAAAUGGGGUUUAAAUGAAGUGACCUAACUCGGACCGAAAGAAUAUGGAAAACAAAAGCUCAGAAAAUGGAUAACUUGAUGUAAGUUAUAAACCCAAAACCCAUGACAGCAGUUAAGCGAGACACUAAAGAUCAGGAAAAGGAAUACGUAAAUCCUUACAUUAUAAGUGAGGCUGACCGGGUCUAGACCCUGCCAAGGUGGAAGUUAUCUUUAGCACUCCUUAUGUUCCAGUAAAGGAUGACCAAAAGAUUUACAUAUACAUACUAUACAAAUUUUUCAUGUUUAGUCAUGUAUAAAUUCUUUAGUUUCUUUAGAGAUCUAAUAUAUGAAUUGCCUAUGUUCUCCCGAAUUCUAACCAUAUUGUGCCUUUUGAAGGUUUUUAUCUUUUUAUUUUUCAUCUCUGGUAAUAUUAGUGUUCAUUACCAUAUUUUAUAAGCUGCUGUUAUUUAUUACUUAUUAGGUUUUUUAUUUAUCAGUGCUUUGAUACAUAAGUGUUGUACGUAUUACAAAACCCUUACACGCUUAAAUAGAAGUUUUUAAAAAAAUUAUCCGUUGGGAGAAUAAAAUCUUAAUUGUGAAUUAGGAUUUACAGCUUGGUGCUUUUAUCACAGGAUGAAAUUAACCUAUAAAUAGCUUAAGGGCUUUUUUGUCUUCCAUUAAGUUUUGUGGAUACUACAUUCUUCUAAUGCCAUUGUAAAGGACAGAGGAAACAAUUAAUACUACUGUUUAAAAAGUAUAGAUUUGGAUCUUCCCAUUGUUACUCAAUAGUUUCAUUAUGUAAAGUUUGUCGGUUUGCAAAUAUAUUUUUAUUAUUUUGUUGACACUGCUCUUUGUUGCUUUUUGUAAAACAAGAGGUACAAUAAUGUCUUGUAAGCUCUGUUGGUUAUAUAUACGUAUUCCAGUUUCCAUUAAUUACUAAAAUGUUUAAAACAUUUUGAUGAAUCUUCAUGCAGAGGUGUACUAGUUAGUCUUAGCACUGUAAUUAUGGUGUUGCUAGUAUGAAUCAGUACAAUAUUGUAGGAUAGUGUAUCCAUUGGCAAGAAGUGCUGGUAGCCAAAAUAAUGAGACAGCUUUAAUGAGCGUAAAAAAGUAACAACUUUAAAGAGACAAAACACUUAAAUUUGUAUAAUCUAAUGUACACAAACUGAAGAGCUGUAUGUAUGUAUUUAGAGAUUUUUUGUGCAAUUAUUAGAUGCACUAGAGCUGGAGUUAAGACAGUGGUAGGUAAUGAGAAGAAUGAGGAAAAUUAUUUGUGCCCAUCAAAGAUCAAUGCUGAGCCCAUUCCUGUUUAUAAUAGUAAUGGAGGAAACUAUCGAGUAAAAGGGAGGUGUUUGGGAACUGCAAUUUGCAGGUGACCUAGUGUUCACAGCAGAAUAUAAAGAAAUACUUAAAAAGUGGAAGAUUUGGAAAGAACAGAGUACUGGAAAUAAAUUUAAAUAAAAUAAAUCUUAUAGUAAUUGUAGAAGAAUUAAAAGGCAAAUGUACAGUCAGAAAAGUUGUAUGAUGCUAUGAUGAGAAAGGUGUUGGUUGAACUCAUUAGUGUAGCAAAUGUAAGUAGUGAUGUCAGGUGAGGUAAGAUUACAAAAUAUAGGUGCAAGAGAUUUUCAGUGCCUGAAAUGUGUGACAUAACAAAUGGGAAGGGAAGGAAGUGGAGAGUAAUGCUGUGAAGAGCAACAAGUUGGAAAAGAAGUGAAGCAUUUCUGUUCUCUUGAGGACAUGCACAUUAUAAAGUAAGACUACUGGCAAGUAAAAAAUUUUCUACUAGUACAGAGAGGAAAAAUGUAGGCACAGACAAGGAUUAUGGAGAUUUUGAAAGUGUGAUCAUAGAAGGAUAAGAUUCAUGGUCACCAUAUUGUGGGGAGGAUCAUCUUAUGAAUGAGGAAGUAGUAUGGAUGUGUGGCGUCCAGAGACUGAAAAAUAGUUAAUCAGAGAUUGAGAUUAUUUCACAUGUGUUGAGCAGGAAUAAGGGAAAGUUACUCAGAAAAAUACCAGAUCUGGGAGUAGCGGGAUGAGGACUUAGGAAGGCUGAGGUGGAUAGAUGAAGGCCUAGAUGUUAAAGUUCAGACAAACAGAACAGCAACAGAGGAAAGUGAAUUAAAAAUUAAUUACACCUUUUAAUCCCAUAAAGUAAAAAUCUGAUAAAAAUAUUUAUAAUUAUAGAUUAACACCUUGAAUGCUAAUAAUGAAGGAGUAAAAGCAUCAGUCAAGAUUGCAGAAUUUUCAGAGGCCUGGUUUAAAGUUUGUCUUUCCCUCUGAGUGCACUUAUAACACAGGAACAGGUACAUGUUGAGCAUUUUACGGUUGUUUGUGAAUCUUAAAAGAGUGACCAUUGAGCGCAAUAACUCUAAAAGAAUUUCACAGCAAAUGUAUUGGGAAUGUUGAGAAAUAUUCAAGUGUCAUGAUUUUCAAGACACUUGGUGACUUGGUGCUGGUUUUCUUUACAUGAAAAUUACGUCAGUAUAUUUUUUAAUGGUGUAUGAUUCAGGAUAUAGGUUUUUUUAUUUUAAUCAAGGGCACUUUUAUUUUACAAAUAGUAGAGGUUUUUUUAUUGUAAUCAAGAGCACUUUAGUUUACAAAUAGACAAUCACAAACAAAGUAGAAAAAAUAUGUGUAAUUUUAUACACAAUUUUAGUUUGUUUGCAUUUCUUUCGUUGAAAAUCUUGAUUUUACAUAAAGAUGUAAAGUACUUAUUGAGAACAUACCACUUUAAUUAAAAGUGGACUUAGUGAUGAGUGCAAAUGUUUAUGAGUAAGAUAACUAGGAAAAAAAACCCUUGAUACUGCUGAUUAUGUAUGAUCAUCCUUUGAAUUUUAGUACAUAAAUCCUCUUCUUAUGGGUUUAAACAAAUAGUUCAGCACAAUCUCUGCGUUUAUUAAAUUAAUGAAUGUCUGCACAUUGGUGAUGAUUAAGACAGUGGUACAGAAGAAUUAUCAACACUAGGGAGUUUCUUCUUCCCAUUAAGGACAAACUGCUCUAGCCAACACUACCACCAAUAAAGUAAUUUCCAGGGUUCUUUAUUGCAUUGUUUUGGUCAUUCCAAGAAUUUUGUUCUCCACUGUUAUUUAAAGUGCACAUCAUCUUAACUAUACUCUGUUUUUUUCCAUCUGUCCAUCCGCCUGUGGUGUUUUUGUUUGGUAACACUGCGUCCUGGGCUUUAGAUAUUUACGCUAUGUGUAAGUUUUAGGUAAAUAAAAGGAUAUCCGGGUGUACAUUUGCAACUGAAAAGUGUUUUAAUAAUUUACUGUAUGCGAAUUACACCGUUAAUAUUCGAAAUAGGAUGUUAUUAUAAUCGUUGAAUGUAACUAUCUAAAGCCCGGGACGCAGUGUUACCAUACGCAAACACCACAGGCAUAUGGACAGAUGGAAAAAACCGAGUAUAGUUUAGUUGAAACAAAGGAAUAUGACCUAAGAAAAGUUGAGAAGUAACACUUUUUGUGGAGAAAAUGUUCUCCAUCAUUUAUGAAGUGUAGAAUGAUGUGCAAGGCCUUUUUCCCCAACUUCCUGUUUUUUUAGGUGCUGUUAAAAUGUAUUUGGUUAUUAAUUUCUUGUAUAAUAAAUUAAUGGAAGACAUUAUCAUGAAAUCUCAGGCAUUUUAAUGUCAAUAAUGUUAAUGGAUGUGAUGCUGGGAAACAGAGUUUAUCCUUAAUUUUAAGGUAUUUUAUCAAACUGCAUUGCCAAAAAACAGACCAGAGUAGCUUUAUGUUCUCGAUCAUUAACCACACCAUUGCAAAGAGAAGAAUCUUUGGUAGGUGUAGGAUACACUGUUGUAGCAGGUUACCUUUGACCUCUUAAUUGGAGCCUUAUCAUCUUUAUGAUGGACUGGAACAGGUACAGGAGACAGAGAUGGUUGAGAUAAGGGGCUAACACUUUUAUGAUCACGAACACUCAUGUGUAAGGGAGAUACACAGCUGUGUAGAGAAGCCGGCAAAGCACACUUUUCUCCCGCAACUCUUCCGUGGUCACGAGCACGUAUGUGUAAGGGGGAGACAUGACCAUGUAGAGAAGUUGGUGAUGCACUCCUUUCACUCACAGAAGACCAUGCUACAAAGUUUGCAAUUCUCUGUUGAUUUGAGGGCGAGGAGGAAACAGACGAAAAAGCAGGAGAUUGGGAGAGAGCUAUCUCCCUCUUAAGACUUUUGGGGAAGAACCACUCCUCCUAAGACUCUUCUUGCCAGAGAGAGCAGAAUACCUCACUCGCAAAACAGUCCAGCCUCUCAAACAUAGCUUGAAACAACAUCUCCACUGGCUCAGGAAGAGGAAGAGAUGAUUUCCCUACAAUGGAAGGAAGAGAUGCCACCGCAGCCGACAUCAUAGGCUGAGAGGAAGGUGGGAGUGACGUCGUGACAUCUCGAAUGGCAGUGUUGGUGUAAUGAUAAAGGGCAACCCAGUAUGCGUCAACGCUGAUAUAGGCAUCCCGCUAGGAGGCAGUACACGAAAGCCAAAGUAAUGUAGGCCUGGGGGUAGGGGGACCGCCAAUGGGGCUGGCAGCAGGGUACUAGCCACCAAGAAAUGCAAGAGAAUACCAUCCAAGGAGGGGGAACCCAGUAGGUCUAGAGUUCCCUAAACAGCUGCCAUCUUGUUUGAUUCAGAAUCUGAAGUAAAGGAAACAGAAGGCGUAGCCUCCUCCCUGAUUCUAAUUCCAGGUGUUUAAUAUUCCAUAUAGUUCUUUAUGAAUUUCGUGAAAGAUUGGUAAACUGGAGGUCCAGACAUGUACCAUGCUGUUCAUGUGGUCUUUCAGUUGGCUACUCAGUCAUUCUACAGACAAGUCACAGCACUGUUUUCCAGAUCAGUGAAGACCAUGAGUGUAGUUAAGGAGAAAGUAACCAUGAAACUGAUGUACAAGGCAAGAAUAUUUGAAGUUGCUAGUAUCAGUUCAUCGGUAUGUAUAGUGUUUGGUAAAAGUACAAACAUCUAACAUCAAAUACAGUCCCUCUACCAUUUUAGAUGGUGCAUAAACUGUGCUUCACUGCAUCACCACACCUUACAUAAGGUGAUAGGUGGAAAGGACAGCCAGUAAUACAAAACCCUUCCCAUUAAAGCUGGAUCUGCCUUGCAAAUUCAUUCUCUGAUACGGAAAAGGAAUGCGGUGCUUAUGUGUGAAUUUAAGAAUUUUCAUUAGUUUUAGGAAACCUGAACCAUUUCUUUUAAUCUGCAUUACUAAUUGCAUCCCCACUCCUUUAUUCAUGACACUAUCCAACUGUUUAUUGACAUAACUAGUGAGGGUUUAAACUGUUCUACCUUUAUUCUCAUUGGGGGUUUGUUAUACAGAUUCCUUUCAUGGUCAGCUUGUUACAAUAAUAGAUUUAAUGUUAAGAGCAACUCUGCAAGAUAUAUGACACUUAACCCUGACUGAUAGAAGCACUCCAUUUCCACAGUUGUGUGCAUAGAGAUUUUGGAUGUUCCUUUUCUGAAGUUCACUGUGUAGUGAAAUAAUUAAGAGACACCAAGAAGUGUAAUGUCUCUGUAGCAUUAAGAAAAGAAUCUCAGGUUUCCUCUUGUCCAUUGGUAUAAGUUGAACAAAACAGUAUUCAAGUAACUUCCUUUCACCACAGCUGAAAAAUAAGAACUUAUUGUAAUUUUAAGCUUAUUCAUUCAACUGAAUUAUUUUGUAUUGUUUGAUACAAAUUCAAAAUUAGGCUCAAAGAGAAUUAAGUUUAAAGUUUCUCAUUACAUUUGGAACACAUGUAGAAUGGCAAAACUGGAAAUGUAAUAUAAACUAUUAUAUACUCUGUACUUGUGAUCAAGAAGUAUAUAACUAAAACCAAUGCAAAUGUUACUUACAUGUGAUGUGCUUUCUAUUUUCACCAUAUUUUAGUUUAAUAGACAUUACAGUAUUUAGAUGGAAUAAUUUAACUGUGAUAUGUUUUAGAAUAAUAAAAGCUACUU